AUGGCGGAGGGGGAGACAGAGAAGGAGUCUGACACACGGAGAGCCAUCGAGGAGCUCCGCGGCCGCUUCCAGGGCCUGACGGCGGCUCUGCAGGAGAGCGCGCAGCCCGUGCUGGAAGCCUCGCUGCGGUUCUGCCAGGACUUCUGCCAGGUCCUGGUGGAGCACGUCAGCCGUUGGAAGACCGACGAGGACUCGCUGCCUUUGCUGGAGGUUUACACCGUGGCCAUCCUCAGCUUCGCUAAGGCCACCUCCUGUCUCUCCUCCGAAUGUGAAAACGUGCCACUCCUACUUGAAAAACUAGCACUGAGCUGUGCGGAGCUGCUGCUCUUACUGCCCAAGCAUGUCCCCGGUGCCUUAUGGGAGGAGUUCCAGUCCUCCAUGAAGCUGGCACACAGCCUUCUGCAGGAGAGUGGGAGCACACAGCUCUGCCUGGUGGCGGUUCUGGCCCAGCAGGACGGCGUCUGGUCCAACUCCACGCUGAGCGGCAUCAUGUCCGAUCAGAUCCCUGAGACGGAGCAAGUCCACGAGUAUCUGGAGCUGGAGGGUCCGACGCUGCUGAGCAUGCGGAUAAAGCACCUUAUCAAAGUGGACAGCGUGGACAAAGCCGCGCUGCUGGCCAAGACGUGCGCCGAGUAUCCGGGAUUCGAAGGCAAAGGGAACUUCAAGCAGACCUACCUGCUUUGCAUCUGCAUGAUCAAAAGUCAGGAGCAGCUCAUGGAGGAGAUUGCAUCUAUAGAUUGUAAAGAUGCUCUAGAAAUGAUUUGUAACUUGGAGUCGGAGGGAGACGAGAAAGGAGCUCUCUGCUUGUGUACGGCCUUCCUGAAGCGACAGCUUCUCCAAGGAGAUGUGUAUUGUGCCUGGGAACUCACUCUGUUCUGGAGUAAACUGCUCAUGCGUCUGGAGUCGUCGGCUGAUUCAUUUCUUGGCCGCAGCAAGGAGAUGGCCCUCCUCUGCAGGAGCGUCUGUCACAUUCUGUUCCUCAUCAAAGUCGUCCAGAACGAGGUUGGAGAGGUGGGGCUUCCAGUCUGUGUAGAAAUGUGCAUCCAAGCUCUGAAAAUGACCUCCAGUGACCACAAAGACAGCAAGUCCACCAUCUGCAAGACCAUUUCCUGCCUGCUGCCGACUGAUUUAGAGGUGAAGCGUGCGUGCCAGCUGACCGAGUUCCUGGUGCAGCCCACCGUUGACUCCUACUACGCCGUGGAAUCGCUGUACAAUGAGCCCGACCAAAAGCCCGAGGAGGACGGCAGCGUUCCAGUGCCCAACUCUCUGCGCUGCGAGCUACUACUGGCCUUGAAGACACAGUGGCCUUUUGAUCCAGAGUUCUGGGACUGGAAAACACUGAAGCGCAACUGCUUAGCGCUGAUGGGAGAGGAGGCAGCUAUCGUGUCUUCUAUUGACACGCUCAACGACACGGACGACCAGGAGGUGGAAAGCGCCAUCAGCAAGCUUCCCGAAUACAGAGAUCUGGAAGAUUUCCUUUUAACCACUACAAAUGAACUCAAUGAGAUCACAGACGAGCGAGAGAAAAACCGAGAGGCGAAGAAGCUGCGAGAGCAGGGAUUUGUAUCGGCUCGAUUCAGAAAUUGGCGAGCGUACAUGCAGUAUUGUGUUUUGUGUGACAAGGAGUUCUUGGGUCAUCGAAUCGUUCGCCACGCUCAGAAGCAUUUCAAAGACGGAGUUUACCUUUGUCCCAUUUGUGCCGAUAGUUUUGAAAGUAGGGAGGUUUUGGAACCACACGUAGCAUCACAUGUGAAACAGUCCUGCAAAGAGAGACUCGCUGCAAUGAAAGCUGCACGGAAGGUCACCAAGCCGUCCCAGUCUCCCAAAAGUCCUUCCAAAAUCCCAAAAGUCAUCGCCAAGACAAACGUCAGUCCUGUCAAAGUGGAACCUCAGAUGAGCACCCAGCUCGCCCCCCCUGUCAAAGCCGAGCAGCCCGCCGCCGAAAUACAGAUGAGUCAAGACUGUUUCUGUCCCGUCAAGAACUGUUCCAAGGCUUUCAAGUUUUUUCGCAACCUCAUGGCUCACGUCAGGUCUCACAAGGACGACGAGGAGGCCAUGAGGUUCCUGGAAAUCCAGAAGCAGAAGGUGGUGUGCCAGUACUGCAGGAGGCAGUUUGUUAAUGUCCGACACCUCAACGAUCACCUGCAGAUGCACUGUGGCACCAAACCCUACAUCUGCAUCCAGCUGGACUGCAAGGCCAACUUCAACUCAAACUCUGAGCUCCUCAUGCAUCGGAAAACUCACCCGGAGUUCAAGGCGCAGUGCAUGUUCCCCAACUGCGGUCAGGUUUUCAGCGAGGCCUACCUGUUGUACGACCACGAGGCUCAGCACUACCUGACCUACACCUGCCAGACUGACAACUGCGGCAAAAUAUUUUACUCCCAGUCACAGUUUCUGGCUCAUCAGCAGAAUCACUAUGUGAGUGACGCAGUAAACAGCGGUGUGGUGGUGAACCAGGCCCCGCUCGCCCCCCCAGCAGCAGAAGUCCUACCAGAGAGCGCCACCAGCACAGACCUGACGGUUCCAGCCGUCUGUGCCGCCGGGCUCAGCGCAGAUGUUUAUAUGAAGGAGGCCACGCAGCCGAACACAGCACCGUGCGGAUCACCGGAUGCUACCAGCGAGGCCCUCGGCUUGAAAGUGAAACACUCGAUUGAAAGCAUGCUGAUGCCAGCGGCAGAGAAUGAAGCGAAGGAAGGCUACCAACCACCAACCACCUCCACCCCGGCACCGGCCGAGGUGACUGCACCGCAGGGGGCGCCGCAGGCACAGCACAGCGUGGCGGUGGCUGUUGCUCCGGCGUAUCCCGCCCCCGCACCAACAAACCCCAUGGUAGGGCAACAGGCGGGCCCCAUGAACAGUUCACAAGGCAACGAAUAUCAGAAAGCGACGCCACAGAUGAUUUCUCCAAGUCAAAUCAAGACAGAAAUCCCGUGCUCGCUGCAGGGAUAUCCCUCCGGUACGCCUGCUGUUGCUGCCAGCAGUGAGGAGAACCUGCACUGCUGCCCAUACAAGGACUGCACCAGGGCGUACAGUACAAACAAGAGCCUGUCUCGACACGUGAAGAAGCAACACCCUGAGAUAUUUGAGGACUGGAAAUUAGCAAAAAAAUACAACAAAGUGGCUAAAAUCACAGCGAAAAAGGUGCAGAGUGGACCAGUGUCCACCAGUCAGACUCAGACCCCGGUGAGCAGGCCAGCAGACCAGCCAGGAAUACUAUGCAACAAACCUGGGGUGCAGCAGAUGAGUUAUCCAGUGGAGUGCUCCGCCUCCCCCACCCAGUGUUACCCUGGCUCGAUGGAGCCGGUGCCCAUCACUCCCAUGGUGAACCCCACGUUGUAUCCGUCGUGGGGAAACUCAAACAAUCCCAGUGGAAUGAUGCAGUCAGACAUGUCUCAGUCGUGGUCCUCACCUCCCAUGAAUAACUGCUAUCCCGAUGCCUUCAACGUGAACGAGUAUCCCUCCCGCAGCUACACUCACUGGCAGGCUGAUCCCUACCAGUCCACAUCGGCACUCCCGGCUCAUCGAGACCAUUCAAUGGCAGCUAUACCCGCUCCCCCAAUGUCCAACGCUCCUUCGGAUUCCAGCUUGAUGUCUCAGUAUGUGUCCAGUUCUUUGAUGCUUGACAAUGGAGGACAGAUGCAUAACGGAGGGCACCAGUAUGGACUGAUGCAUCCUGAGAAUGCUGGAGACAGCGAGGAAGUGAGAAAGCCCGCUGCAUGCCUGCCUCCACAGGUGGAUAACGGGAACAGCAUGUCAACAGUCGACAGCGUUCCUGACGGAAGUUACCACACUCCAUUCACUCACAGUGAGAGCUCCUGUCUCACCCAGUGCUCAUCAGUCGACGUUCCUAUGAAAUGUCUGACCCCCGAGGCUCAAGUUCCAAUAAAACCUCCAAACAAAGAUCUGAAAACAGAAAGUAUCCCUGCUCCUGGUUACGACCAGACAGACACCUCUGGAGAUGGAGUGCUGAGUCCACAGAGCGUCGUUCACACAGAUUUCCCUUUCGAUGAGGAAUGCCCCAAUGCUGACUGUGAGGCCAAUCCCUCUGACGAAAAGGGAGGCGACUCAGAAUCCCAGAAAGGAAAACGCAGCCGCUUGAGCAAGCGCACCAAGUGGCCGGCCAUCAUUAAGGAUGGCAAGGUCAUCUGCAGGAGAUGUUUCCGAGAGUUCACCAGCACCAAGUCUCUGGGCGGCCACCUGUCCAAACGCUCUCAGUGCAGACCUCUCGAUGAAAUUGACCUGACGGCGGAUCUGCCAACAUCAUUUCUUGAUUUUCUCAACGACCCGCAUGUCCCCGACACUAACGGAGCAAUAUUCAUGCCAAACGGUGACUUUUCACAGGAAUCUUGUAGCUUGACCACACUGACCUCACCCAUUGUGUUGAAGCAGGAGCCUCAGAACCCGAACAUCAUGGAGUUUUCCAGCUACCCCUCGGCGUCUCCUGAAAACCCCAGUGAGAAAGCAGCAGAAUUGACCAGUCCCACUCUGGCUGUCCCUUAUCAGCAGGAUCAUCUUAUGGAGAUUUCACAUGCUUUUCAAAGGCUGGACCUGAUUGAAGCCACGCAGGAGAAGAUGCGUCUUGCCCUGUCGUCGGAGCAGAAUGCCAGUCAAGGGUUGUCCAGUCAGACGGCCCCCGACGUGGAAAAGAGUAAAACGGUCAGUAAAAGUGAUGACAAGCCCACUGAAAAGGUUCAUAAACCUUUUAAAUGUGACCAGGAAGAUUGCGAGUACUCUUUCAUGACGAAGGAGGCUUUGUUCAAACAUUUGACUAAAAUGCACGACUAUUCUAAUGAAAUGAUAGAAGAACUGAAAAGAACCCCCUCCAAGCUUUCCCCCUACCCCUGCCAGAUUUGUCCCAAAACAUUCACAAGAACAACAGGACUGAGAAUUCACUAUGAAAAAGUCCACAGACUGUCCAAAGCAGAGAUGCAGAAGCUAAAGAUCAGUGCCCGGAAUAGACGUGCAUUCAGACUGAUUAAAGACGAGGCCACAGUUAGCAAAGGGACCAGUGAGGCCAACAGCAGCCAGACGGCGCCGUCUGCAGCCGUCCUGCCCGCCAUCAAGCAAGAACCACUUGACAUCGCCAUCGCACCUCAGAGCGACCAUGAGAACAAUCAAGAUGCCUGUCACGACCAGGUAGACGAUGCAGUAAAACAGGGCUCAGCGCCUGAGGUAUUGACUGUUACACGACUCCCUUCACCUCAGAACUAUUUGGCUGAAAGGCCGCUCGGGGAGGCGCCGCCAUCGGCUCCUGAACAAGUUCCCGACCAACCCGAAUCGGUAGUUCCAAACCCCAGCUCAGACGUGAGCGUAAACACUAGUGCGAAAGAGAAACCGAGUCCUGUUGGCAAAGUAAGUGUGGAGUCCGACGUCUCCCCGAGUAAAGAGAGAACACCACAGCUGUCUCCUGCGUCGGCUUCAGUUUCCCCAGAGAAACCCAGCAGCUCCAAAAACACUCCCAUGAAGGAGGAGAGGAAGGACAAGAUUCAGAAAAGGUUGAGUCUCAAAAUGUGUGAUGCAGACAAUGCCUACAGUCCGUACAGACCGUAUCGCUGUGUUCACGAAGGCUGCACCGCCGCCUUCACCAUCCAGCACAAUCUGAUUCUGCAUUACCGAGCCAUGCACCAGGCGGCGCUGCCCCCGAGCAAACCCGACUCCGACAGCGACGUGGCGGGCGCCAACAGCGGACAGGAGAGCGUGGAGAGCAUAGGGACGGAUCAGGAGGUCAGGUGUCAGGUGAAAAACUGCUCCAGGGUGUUCAUGGGAAUCACACGGUUAGUGCAGCAUUACCUCUUACUCCACAAGUUCACCCGAGACAAAGCCACCGCCAUGAUGGCCAGCAUGAGCAUAGAGACGUUUAACUGUGACCGGCCCGAGUGCGCGCUGCCCUUCGACUCUGUGGAGAAGUACAUCGAGCACAUUAAGAAUUUCCACAAGGAAAUCGCCAUUUCCGAGAGGGGCUCGGUUGAUCCCACUUUCCGGUGCGAGUACGAGGGCUGCGACCGCGUGUACACUACGAAAUCCAACCUUCUGCGACACUUAAUCAAAAAGCACGAGUACGUCUACGAUCCCAAAGCCAGCGACGGAAGAAGGACUAAAUCCGUAGGGCUUUUCCCGGGGUUGAACAACGGGAAAGAAAACGUUGAAAACAAGUUCAAAGUGAAAAAGAAAAACGCUAAAAAGAAAGAGGCGAAGUCCAUUGAGCAUUGGACUAGUUUUGGAAAGCCGACACUAAAGUCUCACGAAGAGGCGUCCGCCAUGUGCACCAAGAAGUUCUCCCUGCAGUAUCCGUGCAUGAUCAUAGGCUGUGACGCGGUGGAGCGGGCGGAGAGGAGUAUAUUCAGGCAUUACGCCACUCAUGGCCUCACAGAAAGAUAUAUCGAGGAUCAGAGGAGUCAGUUCAUCUUCUGUAAAAAGUACUCGCGCUCCAGAUUCAAAGAUGCAAACAAAGCCGAGGGCGCACUCUCAUCCGCCGACGACACGGAGCCGGAGGAAGGCGAGAAGCCCGCCGAGGCCAAAACCGACGAGCUGGAGGACAGAAUAGGCCAAGAGGACAGUAAACUGUCCAACGACGACAGUGCAGAAUCUCAAGCUUCCACUGGGAUGGAAGGUUUAGCUAAAAGAGGCCGUCCCAGAAAACCUGCACAUCCCACACCAGCCUGUCCACAGAGGAUACAGACUCUCAGAAACCGACCGACUGUUAACAGUUCAGGAGAGAACUCAAAUCCGGGUACCCCUACAGCCCCAGAGCCGCGAGACGACGCCGUCUUGCCGGGCUCCUUCAAGCCUCUAGGUCUUGAGGACUCUUUCCUCAAGUUCUUAGAAACCUCCGAGUCGACGCUCGCUUCCAAACGCAAAUCCACAGAAAAAUGUUCCGAGCUGCCGUCCAAAAGACAGCACACGCAGAAGCAGCGGUCCGCCAUCAAAGGCAAAAUCACCGGAGAAUUUCGAGGCUAUGAGAAUCUGGUAGACUUUAGAAACCCCCUCAACCUCAAAUCAGCCAGUAACGUUAAGAUUGUAAUGGACAGAACCCUGUCAGGCGGCGCCGACCUGCUGCUGAAGCAGCUGCAGGACAUGAAGCCCAUGGUUAUCAUUAAAAAAUGGCUUUACAGCGCGUCAUAGCCUCACCUUUAGUUUUCAACUCAACCUUACUCAGGAUUUGAGAAGUAAUGCUGCAGAAUGGUUUGUUAAUGCAUCAGAUUUCCAACUGUUAACAGUCACGGUCACAGUUAACAAUGAAAUGGCCUAUUUUGUACCUAAUGAAAAAACGUCUCGGAUGAUUUUAAUUCUGUAUGUUAGUCAUAUUAACCAGGUAAUCUAUAGGGCAUAGAUUUUAGAAACAUGUUUGUAUUUAUGCUUAGUACUGAAGAUGUUUCUCUUUUUUUUUUUUUUUUUUUUUUUUUUUUUUUGCUAAAUGGAGACUUUUAAAGAAAACUGUUUUUAUAUAUCCCUAUGGGAUUUCAAGUUCUGUUUGUAUUUAUUUUAUCCUUUUUCAACACUAGUAGACCUAUCUGUAAUAUUUACAUGUCUUCCACAAAGUGUUCAAUAAAAUGUUACUGGUUCUUUUUGUAAAAAAAAAAGAGAAAAAAAAAGAAAAAAGAAA